AUGGGAUCGUCACCGGCAGACCCUCCCUCGCCGGUGGGCAGCACGUCCACCCCAAGCACCCUUCACGACGGUGGCUUCCACGCCCUGCUCAACUUCCGCGACGUUGGCGACACUGUCAAUGGCUACUUGUCCCGCCGCCUCAUACGCGAGGGCCUGCUGUUCCGCGCUGCGCGCCCCGACGAGGCCACACUCGCCGACCGCGACCGCCUGCGCUCGCACUACGCCAUCCGCACCGUCAUGGACCUGCGCACAAAGACAGAGCACGUCGAGGCCGCCAGGAAGCGCCGCCGUGACUCUGCCGUCCCCGCCCUGCUGCAGACCAACGAUGCCCUGGCCGGCCCCGUCAAGAUCGACGGCAUCCACUACCGCGAGGUCAAGAUCACCGGCGGCGGCUUCGAGAAGUACAUGCUGGCCCAGCUGAGCUGGCCCAGCUUCCUCAGGCUCAUCUGCCUCUACCUCGUCGGCCUCCGCAUGCAGGCCAUCGCCGUCCUGGGCCGCGAGGUCAUGCAGCCCCGCGGCCUGCUCGGCCUCGGCUGUGACACCCUGGACGCCUCCGGCCCCGAGGUCGCCGCCGGCCUGGCCUCCCUUCUCGAGCCCCAGGGCCUGCCCAUCCUCAUCCACUGCACCCAGGGAAAGGACCGCACAGGCAUCAUGGUCGUCCUCGUCCUGCUCAUCUGCGCCGUCCCCGUCGAGGCCAUCCAGUAUGACUACCACCUCUCGGACGAGAAGCUGCUGUCCGAGGAGCAGGCCCGCCUGGUCGAGAUCAGGGAGAUGGGCCUGGGCGAUGAUUUUGCCAAGACCGCGCCGGGCUUCGUGCGAGGCAUCGUCGACCACCUCGACUCCAAACAUGGUGGCCUGGACAAGUACUUGGACAGCAUCGGCCUUGGGGACGAUAAGAGGGCCUCGUUGCGGGAAAAACUUGCCUAUUAG